AUGGCUUUGACUCAGUUUGAAAAUGAUCUGGGAAUAUUAAGAGAUAUGUACCCAGAAUUGAAAAUGAACUCAAGGGAAGUCGAAAAUGCCGCUGAAUUUCCCCAAUGCAUUGACGGGAAGUUACUAUUUAAGGUGUCCCUAUUAGAAGAUGUAAGUGUUGAGUUCGGCGGGCAAGGUUUUUUACUAUCUGAUUUAUCUAAUGAAUGCUUAGAGUUUAGGAUAUAUUGCAGUCAAUAUCCUAACAUUCGACAGUUUAUUAACAUGAAUAUCAAAUCAUUGUGGAUGUCUGCGGAGGAGAAGGAGAUUCUAAUCCAUGAAGCUUUAAAAGUUGUCGAAGAAAAUGUAGAUGCGAAAGCUGAGAUUAAGGAUUCGUUUAUCUCCAUUCUUAUCCUCAUCUUCGGAUUCCUUAUAGAUGAUGCAGCCAAACUAUUAUUUCCUGGUAAUAUAAAAAAAUGCGAGACAGAGAAACAUUAUGGGCUAUUCAAGCAGAUAAGCGAUGAAGCCAUCCUUGAAAAAGUAAGCAAGUCUAACUACUACUGUUGCAUUUGCAUGGAGAUGGAAAAGGGCGUCAGAAUGAUUAAAUUACCGUGCCAAAAUAAAGAUGUAGGACAUUAUCUUUGCAAAAAAUGCACCGAGUCCUAUUUUACUGCGAUGAUUGAAGAAGGCCGAAUAUCCAAUGUGAGAUGCCCACAAUGUGAAUACAAGGAACUAAGAUUGGAAGACUUUAAGAGCUAUAAAAAGAUGAUAAAAGCCCUGUUUACCCCUAUGAUUCCUGUAUCCUUUUUAAGAGAGGUCAUUGAUGCAGAGCUGUGUGAAAGAUAUGAAAAGCUGUUCUAUAGUCAGGUAGCUACAAGGCUCUCAAAACAUUGCCCAUAUGCUUGCGUGACAUGCCGGAGAUGUGAUCAAUGGUGUACGAAGGAAGACCUUGAUGAUGCGAUGAUUCAGUGUCAAAAAUGUCAUUUUGUAUUCUGUUUUGACUGUUUACACGCCUGGCAUGGUUAUAACAAUAAAUGUGGUAAGAAGAUCUCCAUAUCAAGAGACAUUAUCGAGGAAUAUUUGAAUGAUACCACUUCGAGCGGGAGGAAACGUGAAUUGGAGGUUAAAUAUGGAAAGAGAAUGUUAGAACUGGAAGUUAAUGAUUACCUUGCCGACAAAAUGCUGAACUUAGCUAUUGCAGAAGAGGAUUCUAAUUUACAGAGGUGUCCUAGAUGUGAAGUGGUCGUAGAAAGGAGUGAAGGUUGCAAUAAAAUGAAAUGUGGAGUGUGUGGAACGCUUUUCUGCUUUAUUUGCGGAGACUUGCUUUAUCCCGAAGAUCCUUACGAACAUUUCAGGGAAUUGUUCUCAGGUUGUUACGGACGAUUGUUUGAAGGUAUGCCUGGAACAGAAACUUGA